AGACCACGACGAGAUAACAAAACCAUAAGUGAUAUCGCGCGCGCAGAAACGGAAUUACUGGGUGCUGCGAGUSAUAUCGGAGAAGUGCGUAUUGCGCAGUCGGUUUUUCGAUAUUGUGUUUUUCUUCUGUCGGAUUUGUCGAGGUUUUUUAGUUUUAUCUUUCUUACCUCGAAUGACUAUUCGUACAUAGGUACACAACUAAUGUCUAUUGAAUUUACAUUGUGCAUUACUAUCAACAACUAUUGCAUGUGCUCAAUAAUGGUUCGUAUAUCUAUGCGAGAUAUGUUCUAAUGACGUCCUCUCCGCGUUAUGCGUACCUACCUGAGUUACUAUAACUAGGUUAGCAUUUAAAGUUAUCGCCACCAUGGACGCUACAAAUGAAUCGAAUUUCCACGAAUCAAAAAGAAAAUGCCUCACCAAAUCCGAGUACAAUGAAAUGGUUGACUGGAUAGACUCGUUAAUCAAGAAUAACAAUGAUUUUAUUUUAAACCGUUAUGGUGUGUUGACCUCAAACACACUGAGCAGAUAUCCACRCGUACAUAGUAAUACUGUUCUAAGUAUUAUUGAUGGUCGAGUUCAACAAUAUGUUUGCCAACGACAUCAUAAGGUCUUUUCCAGCACUUCCAAUGCCAAUUCUCCUUCACAUUCUUCAACCACAUCUAGAACUACAGCUUCAACAAAAUCUAAACUAUUUACGAAUUAUCGUCAACAAGAACGCAUGAAUAAACAAUUAAUCGAUUCUUCAAAAACAAUGAACGAGAGGUACAAGGAAUUAGUUGCUAAGGGUACUGCAGUAUCUCCAUUGAUCACAUUGGCCGAUAAAUUGCGUAUGCCAGCUAUGUUAGUUGCAAAAUGUGUAAUUGCUGAUCAAAUAAAAGAAGAAAAAUUUAAAAAGAAAUUUGAUCAGCAACAUUCCAACAAUGAAAAUAGUUUUAAUAGCAGCACAUUAAACGAUACAAGUGUUGGAUCAAUUGCUAGUAACUUACAAAAUGAUAGUGAUAUAGAGUURAAACAUGAUAUAAGUGCAAACGACUCUACAGCUAAAGAGUUGGAUACUUCUUUUGGUAUUGAUAAACAGUUAUCUCAACAGUUAAACUGGCUCACCUGUAAACUGCGCUCAAUGUAUAAAUCUGAAUUAAACUUAAAUCAAUCUSAUAAUAGUUUGAAUAAUAGUAAUUCAUUCUGUAUUCCCACAACUAAUAACAGUUUGAAUUUAACACCACAUCAAUUGGCUACGUCUACUUGGUUGAUGCGUAAAGAUCCACAGUUAGCUUAUGAAGUAUAUAAGUCUUCUGUUGUAGAUGGUUAUUAUGGAUCAUGUGUGGAAUUUAUCAAAAGCUGCAAUGGCAAGCGCUUUGAACAAAUUUUAAAACAAAAUAUGACAGGUUUGACUAAGUCCAAGACAAACAAAUCGGAAAGAAACUAUACAACUGAAAAGGAAUGCCGGCUUCGUGGGCUAGACAUGACACCUGAUGUGGUACUUAGCGAACCUAUUGCCAUUUCAUUGUCAGAUGUUGACAAUAUGAAAUACAAUCAAGAAUAUAUAGCAACUAAUUAUGUUGGAGGAAGUGAAAAUGAAAUUCGAGUGUUAAAUUGGAUAGAAUCAAAAGCAAUGUUUGGUGGCCCUGAUCAGUUACGUAAAUCUACUCAAGGCCAAUUAUUUCCUUACUGGAACCGUUAUGGCCCAGGAGCUGUAAUUUAUUGGUUUGGGCAUAUUUUGGAAGACACCGACAAAGUUUAUGGUGUUCAUGCUGAUGUUUCAAUUAAAAAAAACCCUACCGAUAGAGUUUCUGCAAGCGUUACUUCACCAUCCAAAGUUGCUUCAGCAGAAUCAUCUGCAUUCAAUUUUUGGUCAAAAUAUUGUCUAUUAAUGGACGGAUUUCCUGCCACCAAUAAAAUUGUGAUGCACAAUCGCCAAAAUGGUUUAAAAAAGAAAAAUUCAAUUGCAGUUUCAAUUACAGCUUAAAAUAUUGUUUAUAAA